AUGGCGUCAGUGAUAUCCUCCAGCCGCAGAUCAUCCUCGUCGUACCGCUCCUCGUCACGUUACAGCACGUCCAGCUCCUAUCGGUCGGAGGGUUCUCUGGGGGGAUCGUCCGAUUCUCUGGACGCUCUCUUUGAGCCUUUUCUGGACUCUGCCGAUCGCAGCAGCCUGUUUGGGGAUGAGGGCUCCGGGAGUCCCACCUGUAUGACCCCCUUCAGCCUGCACGGCAGAUCCUCCUACGGGCAAACUGGCGGCGCUGUGACGAGCAGGCAGCCCGGCGCAGGUGGCGGCGGCGUUCAGCGUGUGGGAGACAGCUACUGCACGUCUGUUGACGUCAGCCAGUUCGAGCCACACGACAUCGUGGUGAUGGCGUACAACCACCACGUCGUCGUUCACGCCCAGAAGGUAUUGGACGACGGAAGUGUGAGCGACACCUUUACCCAUAAGUCCUUGUUCCCAGAGGACAUGGACCCCUUAUCGGUCUGUGGAGCCCUGAAUCCUGACGGUACCCUCGUGGUGACUGUUCGUCGGAUCGUCGCUCCUGUUCUGGACCCACCUCCAAUAUACCGCAGUGAAGCCCACCUUUGA